AUGGAUAGAAAUAACACUAUGAAUGAGACUUCCGAUGAACGUCGACGAAGUCUUAAUCGUGAACGACAACAACGUUAUCACAAAAACAAAAGAAAUGUGGAUUCAGAUGGCCCUACGGAACUUGACCACCCAGGAGAAAAGAAGGUAUGUAUGCAAGAUGGCCCUACGGGACUUGAGCAAUUUUUAGAAAAUAACAUGUCUACCCCUGCUGAGCAAGUAGUAGUUAUUCCUCCGACUACUGUUCUUCUAAAAACAUCAAAAGCGCGUGUUUAUCCAUGGUGUUCACAAGGUUUAGACCGUCACUCUCUGGGAAGCAUGAAUCAUAAAUGUAAUUGUUGCGGGGCACUGUUGUGGAUAGAUGAAAGAAAAACAGGCACAUCUACACGAUCGCCAAUUUUUACAACAUGUUAUGCCAAAGGCAAGGUUUCUCUUCCUCCUAUUGAGGAAUUACCACAUCCUCUCAAUGUGCUUCUUACUAGAACAGAUCCAAGUGCACGUUUAUUUAGGGAAAAUAUUAGGUCAUAUAAUUUAGCUUUGGCUUUUACAUCUAUGGGUGCAAAGGUUGAUAAUAGUAUAACAGGAACAGGUGGUGUUUACAGCUUUCGUGUUCAUGGAGAAAUGUAUCAUAGCAUAGGCACAAUGCUUCCUGACAAUGAAGCUCACCCUCAAUUUGCUCAAAUAUAUGUGUAUGAUACUGAGCAUGAAUUGCAAAACAGGAUGAAUGUAAUGCCUAAUCUUGAUCCAGUUAUUCUUGAGGAGCUUCAGCAAAUGUUACAUGAUGUGAACCCAUAUUGUGAAAUUAUUACUGGAAAACAUUCUGGAAAUUGUGUUUUUCUUCCUCGUAUUACAAUGACACCUUCAAAUACAGAUCUAUCUUUUAUUUUCAAACGUCAUCAAUUCCCUGUGCAGCCUGCCUUUGCAAUGACUAUCAAUAAGUCUCAAGGACAAACAUUAAAUUUGGUUGGUUUAUAUCUUCCAACACCAGUAUUCUCUCAUGGACAAUUAUAUGUUGCCUGUUCAAGAGUAACAUCACAGAAGAACUUGAAAAUUCUUACCUCUAAAUGUAAUGGAGAAAAUGUGCGUUGUGCUAAUCUUACAUCUAACAUUGUUUACCCUGAAGUGUUACAAUAG